UUUGUUUUUGAAAUAAAAAUGGAAAGAAAAAGUUUAAUGGGCCAUCAUAGGGUGGCAUUUCAAAAGAAUGGGCCGUAGGGUUGUUCCCGAAUGUGCUGACGGUUUGAAGAGCAUAUUCGGACGGAAUUGGGAUGGCAUGAUGCGAUCCAACCCAUUCCAGAUCGCGCAGAUCUAACCAUAGUCAAGAGUCUAAGCAACCAUGGUCGUGUUUAACCAACCACGCACGCCCGGCGCUGCCACGUGGCGCGAUGAACGGCCAGGAUUGAUUUUCAUGAUACAAUGCACCGUCUGUCUUGCCUAUAUAGGCAACGCAUCCACAAGCCCUAGCCACCGCACGCAGAGAGAUCGAGAUCGAGAUCCAGAGAAAGUCAUGGCUAAUCCCAAAGUGUUCUUCGACAUCACCAUUGGUGGCGCUCCGGCCGGCCGCGUCGUGAUGGAGCUCUUCGCCGAUACGACUCCUCUGACCGCUGAGAAUUUCCGCGCACUCUGCACCGGGGAGAAAGGAAUUGGAAAGUCCGGCAAGCCCCUUCACUACAAGGGAUCCCCGUUCCACCGCGUCAUCCCCGAUUUCAUGUGCCAGGGGGGCGACUUCACCAAGGGAAACGGCACCGGAGGCGAGUCGAUCUACGGUGACAAGUUCAAGGACGAAAAUUUCAUAAAGAAGCACACCGGUCCCGGCAUCCUGUCCAUGGCGAAUGCCGGUCCGGGAACCAACGGCUCCCAGUUUUUCAUCUGCACUGCAAAGACCGCCUGGCUCGAUGGUAAGCAUGUCGUUUUCGGACAGGUCAUUGAUGGCUAUAACGUGAUAAAAGAGGUGGAGAAAGUUGGAUCAAGUUCUGGUUCAACCAAGAAACCGGUGGUGAUUGCUGACUGCGGCCAACUCCCUUAGAUCCGUUUGCUCCGUCUAUGUGUCUCCCUCGUUUACUUUUAGCGUUGUUUUUGAAUUCCCAGUUUACCAUUGUGCUGUGACUGUGUUUUCUGCUUUUAUCGCUUCUUGUUUUCUUGAGGAGCUUCUUGGGAUCUAUCCAUCUAUGAAUUCAAUAAGUUUACUAUUUUAACAUAUUUGCCUCUUUUCUCUUCUUCUAUUGCCGCUGAUAAUCAUUGAAUAGAUUAGGGAUCUAUCU